AUGGCUGCAGAGCCGGCACGCGUCUCAGCGCUGAUCAGUCAGGCUAUGGAUGGUCUCUUACACGGCGACGGGCAGGAUGCCUCCCGAGCGACAUCUCCCGGUGUUGGAGCUCCUCGUAUCAAAAAGGGCACUGUGGAAGAGGAGGCAGAAUGUGAACGGCUUGGUCGGACACGGCCGCGUGUGUUUCCCUACACUCGAUACCUCCCGUAUGAGACGGAAUCAAGGGAUCAUCGAGAGAAUGACCUCGACGAGAUGAUCCGGCAUCUCUAUAUAUGCGUGGCGGCGGGUGACUUUGUCCGCGGUGCUGUACACUGGACGAAGGAGAUUCGCGGCUGGAUGAGCCUCAAGUUUGACUUGACCAAACAGCAGCGCAUUGCCUUGGUCAAGCUCUAUUACGAGCUUUCGCUAGCACCGGGCCUAGAAUAUGCUAUUGCUGAGCGCUUCGCCAGCAUGUUCAUGGUUUUGACCAAACGCAAACACUACUUGCGGCCCGGCAAAGAUCUCUAUCUUGAUUGGAGACCGAUCUAUAAAGAGUUGAAAGUUUUCGUGUUGCCGUCGGAGAGUGGCACACACAACACAUACAGUUCGAAGAGAAAUGUUCGAACGUUGACGAAACUUUGCACAUUUGCUCAGCUUUUCUUCGAUCCUCGCGAAAUCCCUGCCAUGAUGGAAGAGUUCUUGCCAUUCUACACCAUGUCAUACUCUGAACAUGCUUUCGUAGUCUUGGGACUGUUCAACUUGAUGUUGCCCACUAGCGCACCACCAGCAGACGAGCCCAAGCUGCAGCCGGAAUAUUACCUCCCAACCUUCUUCCAUUUGUGGUCUACCAUCAAUCGAUCCAUGAUGGUAGAUAUCCGCUUUCUCGACAUCUUCUCUCGGCUAGCACGCGAUUGCCUCGUCGAGGAAUCGAUACCUUUUGGGGCGUGUGGUAUUUUUACCGAAGAACAAUCAUCGUUGAUUUUCACUUCCAUCUUACGGCUGCUUGAAAUUCCUGUAGGCCAAGCUACAACUCCCUAUAGUGGUGUUGUAGAUCUUGGUGCCGGAUCCGCUGUCCUGAUCGAUCGUGAUCCGCGCAAACACCCUAUCGCUCAUCACAUUGCGCGAUGGAUCAUCAUGUCAUUGUCACCAAAGUGCCUCGAAGCCAGCGAUUCUACCUCUACGCUACACCAACUCGAGACCUUGAUUCAAGGAAUUGAGACUUUCGCUCAUCCUUCGAAUUCCGGUGCUUGGACAAAGCCUCUGGCGCAACUUGUAUACUACCUCGCCGACUUUUUCGUCAUGCGCUGGAACCGUGAGCAGAGCGGCGAAUAUGAUAUUCCGCCAGAGCGUAAGCUCAACGCUGAGGUUCGACGUCGCUUCGUUCUUUGCUUACGUGAGGUCGUCUUCCUGGGUAUCUAUGCGAAGAGCUCCACAGCUAUGAACUUCAACUUGAGCACUCUCUCCAGCUUAGCCUAUUUGGAGCCCACUCUGGUCCUCCCUGGCGCGCUGCAGCGCAUUUACCCAGCCAUGCAAGGCUUGGUGGAAGUCCAUCGCACCAUCUCUUCCAUCCGCGCAUUGCAAAUGCUGAGCCGCGUCAUUGCCAAAACCAAAGGUUUCCGUUGUCAUCUCACAACUCUGCUCGGCCUGGCAUUGCCGGGCAUUGAUGCGAACGAUCUGGAUAAGACUAUGCACAGUCUGGCGUUCAUCCAGGCUGUUUGCUAUAACAUUCCGCUCUACGAUCUGACAAAGACGUCUAAAAGGAAGCAAAAUGGCUCUCGUGGCCGCGAUGACAUGGACGAAGACGAGGACUCAUCUUCGUCAGGCGUCAGUGGAACUGCGAUCGCCGUCGAAUGGAUUACUGCGCAAGUGGCUCGCUUCGAGCAAGAAGGUCCUGGAGUCGAGGUCGACUAUGAAAAUGAACUAUCCGCGGCAGACGAAGAAAUGAUCCUCAAGUCGUCAACCGCGGGCUUUUCAGAAUUCGUCAUAAGCCUGCUUGCUCGAGUGUUUACCUUGCUCCAGAAUCUUCCCGAUGCUGCACGUGUUAAGAGUGGCAGCCCGGAAGAGAACGUUAUCAAUACGCUUCCUGCUACAUUUAGCCCUCUGUUGGCUAGCUUGAGUCCUGAGCUUUACGAUGUUGCUCUCGAACACGUUGCUAGAUUCGCCUCGAAUCAUGUCGUACAUCAAGCGCGUGAUGCCAUGGCUUUCAUUUGUAACGCACUUGUGAAGAUCUCGCCAAAGAAGGCCUUGCAUCGUCUGCUCCCCGAUCUGCUCACCAGCAUCCGCACCGAAAUAAGUGAGAAUGGUGCCGGCUCUACACGGACAACAGGCAGUGAAAUCCUCCCGCGUGAUCGAGCACUCGUCUGGCAUGUGUCCUUGCUGAGCAUGUGCGUGGUGCAUGUCGGCAGAGAUGUCCUCGAUUUCAAAGACGAACUGUUCGACAUUGCCAUUUUCAUGCAGGAUACCUGCAAGGGCAUUCCACUGGUGCAUGUGUCGAAUUAUGUUCACCAUCUCCUCCUCAAUCUGACGGUCACCUACACUAACGACUACAGCUUGUUCAACGCAGAGGAACUGGAAGACGGCAUUACAUCGAAGAAUUGGGGCGUCACGAUUGAUCCUGCGUCCUUGGAAGUCGGAUGGCAUGUUCCUGAUGGGGAAGAAUUGGAAUUCGCAGAGAAAGUUUACGAGGCCCAUGGUCGUCGCGCGUUGGAGUCACUGAACGAGCUUAUUUCCGGCAAAGGCUCAAUCAAAAAGGAUGGCGUUGGUAAGGAGUGGUCUGACGAAGUCUCUCGGAAUUUGGUUUUGCUACGACUCGUCAUUUCCGGCAUGUCUCGUUUGUUCCGCUCCGACGAUCCCUCCGUCACACCUCGUGUCUUUGAUGGAGCCACCGGUCAAGUUGGAGGCGACGUAUCCAUGGCAGACGCCGAUGAAGCCCACGCUGGUGCGAAUGGUCACGUGUCAGAGCUGACUCUGGCAGAGGAAGAUGAGCUCAAGCGCGGAUUUAACUACGCAACCGGCUAUCCUCUGGACAUAGACAGCGCUCAGUACAAGUCAAUCCAUGAGUUGCGCAGAGUUGCUGGCGAGACCCUGCACCGGGUGCAUCUCUUCUUGGUCGAGCAUCAAGAGGACGACGUCCCUUGCUUCAACUCCCUUUACACCGCGUACCGCUCGUGGUUCGUGGAUCUGGGCAUUGAGCGUUCUGCUCACGUCCUGGAUCGCCUCACUCGUCUUUUAGCCGCCGACAUCCAUCCAUUCAAGUUCUCAGGCACCCGCAAACAGUACCCUCGACCGUUGCUCGUACGUCGCGCGAACCUUUACCACUUCCAGCGAUUACGCUUCAAUGAACAUGAACGAGCGGCUUCGGAUCUCGAUAAAACCCUGUUGUUGGAUCUAGCACAAUCUGCUACUUCUUCUUACACCGACAUUCGCCGCACGGCGCAGUCGGCCGCUGAGCAGGCGGUCAAGAGCAUCGCUGGGUCCAAGACAUUGGUCAUCCCGCCUUUGCUCGACGCACUCGAAGAUGCGUUGAAGAAGAAUGACCACUCACGGAUCAAAGGAGCAAUGUUUUCGCUACUGUUCGGAAGCCUGGGCAAACCAAUUGGUAGGAAUUGGAAUUUCGCGCCAAGGAUGAUAAAGCUUGCCAUUCUCGUGUCAGAGGGCGAUCGCCCUAGCAUUCAAAAGCUGGUUAUGCAGUCGAGUUUCACAAUUCAAGACAUGACCAAAGCACUUGAUCGAAUGGUCAUACUCGAUCAAGAUAUUCUCAACGACAUCUGGCCCGCAGAUCCUCCUGCAGAUGCGAAGACUGUCGCUGUAACGCUGCAAGAUGCUCAGAAGCUGAUCCCCGCUAAGCAAGCCGCCAUCAAGAAGCGAAGAAAAUUUGUCGAAGAUCGCAAGACUGCACUCGCAGUCGAGCUGAUAGAGAUUGCCAAGAAUAGUCAUUGGAAAAAGGCAAGCCGCACUGCUGUAUUGGCGAUAGGUUUGGAUUACCGCUUCGAGACGAUCACAUCCGAUGCAAUGAUUGAGAUGGUGAUCAAAGGUGUCAUUGAUCCUCAUCCCAAUCUCCGUGCACUAUACGCGACUUCUAUGAACGCCAUCUUCAGUCUUGCACAGACUCGUGCUCUAGUCGGACACAAAUACGAGAACUACUUGAUCGACAGUCAACAAGAUCCCGAUCAAGUUUUCAUACCUUCUGAGCGUGAUGAUCCGACUUGGACCAAGCGCUACCUCACUGACUUUUCCAAAGCGGACGCACAAGCAUACAUCGAUGGCGACUACGCUGGUUGGCUCGUUUGGCAAAAGAACAUUCGUGGUUUCCAGACCGGGGCCAGCUUGCUUGAAUAUGAUGAUGUUGAGAAACAUGUCCGUCAAAAGAUGGGCACAUACAUCGACCGCAACUGGCUUUCUACCUUGUUCGGAUACAUGAAGCAAGAACCCCGGGAUGCCAACGUUGAUCGAUUCCGCAUGACGAACUCGAUGAUCGUCGCCUACGCGAUGGAUCUCAUGAGCGACGGGCUUACGUCGGUGACAUUUGACGAUUUCAAAGACCUCGCCUUGGCAGUGUAUGAAGAUGGCAGCGACAAACAUCAACACCGUGCUAUGGCCGAAAUCCUCGGAGCCAUGAUUUCCAGCGCCGAAGAGACCGCGCCAGCCUUCCGGGAACAAGUCUGGGAGUUUGCAUUCCCCAUUGUUCGCAAGAUCUUCAGCGACGGCUUGACGCCCGAGAACAUCUCAUACUGGUCAACGUUUGUUACCAUCAUCGUGAGUGGUAAGGAUCCUCGCCGUGCCUGGCCUUUGGUGGAAUGGCUUGCAAGCUUCAGGCUUGACAUGGAUACCAAUGCAGCUUUCAAAGAAAGUUCGAAAAUCACGCUUCUUCAGCUACUGGUCAGUUCGACAGGUUGGCAUUUCCAGCUUGAGAAACCAAUCGUGGAAGACUUUGUCGCUCAUCUGGAUCAUCCAUAUAAGGGUGUCCGUGAAGUCAUGGGUACAACGCUGGCCACCAUUUUCCGAACUCGGUACCACGAGUCAUACAAAGACAUCCCGACAUUGCUGGACGCUCAGAGACAAGCAUCAUCUCUCGGAACGAGGCCAUACCAGGCUACAGAGGAAUUCUCGAAAAUGGUUAUGGACAUUUUCAGUCGACUUGAAAAGUGGCGCCUGGAACGACCUGCUGGGAUACAGACACCGACACCGUACACUCAAGCCAGCAAGACCGUUCUGCUGUGGCUCGAUACCUGUCUCUCCAACUACGAAUGCACGUCGCUCAUUCCCUUCUUCCCUGGUGCUGUGAUGGAACAGCUGCUUCACAUGAUGGAUAUCAAAGAAGACCCCGAGUUGCAGUCUCUUGCAUACCACGUUUUCCGCCACCUUCCCAACAUUCCUCACAGACCUGGUGAAGAGUCUGGCGCAUUAAUCGAUUCUCUCGUCCGCAUCGGUCGCGCUUCGCCGUCCUGGCAUCAGCGCCUUCGCGUUCUCAUCAACAUUCAGGUCCUGUACUUCCGAAAUCUCUUCCUCAUGCUCCCUGCUCAAGCCGAGGCGUUGUUCCUUUGCGUCCGGGAGAUGCUGCAUGAUGCGCAACUUGAGGUCCGUCUAGGUGCAGCUGCCACGCUCAGUGGCAUGAUCCGCUGCUCACCCCACGCCCUUCGCGACAAGAAGAUCAAAGCCCUCAAGAACCACUUCACCCGUCUCCUCGUCGACAAUCCGCUCCCGAACAAGCGCUCUGUCAAGGCCACCAACGCCGCAGCUGCCGUCAUCAACCGUGAGAGCGGUGCCAGCACACCGACUCCAGAACAAAACAAGCUCACUCUCACCCGCCACGCCGCAGUGCUUGGUCUCAGUGCCUUGGUCCAAGCUUUCCCAUACACCUCGCCACCACCGGCAUGGCUACCCGAAGUCCUGGCGACACUCGCAUCCCGAGCGGCAUCUGAUACUGGUACGGUCGGCAAGAGUGUCAAGCAGGCACUGAGUGAUUUCAAAAAGACCAGGCAGGACACUUGGCACGUUGAUGUCAAGGCUUUCCAACCCGAACAACUUGAAGAUCUCGAAGGAGUGUUAUGGAAGAGCUAUUUCGCCUGA